CGCUUUUGCGACAGUGUCGUUCUGAGGGCCAAGAUGGCGGCUGCGGCGGUGAUGCGGGGGGCGACCCCGGACUGGACGCACCAGGCGGAGACCACCGGGACAACCAUCAUGGCCGUGGAGUUUGAUGGCGGGGUCGUCAUCGGCGCGGACUCCAGGACCACCACCGGCUCAUACAUUGCCAACCGAGUCACAGACAAGUUGACGCAGAUCCAUGAGCACAUUUUCUGCUGCCGGUCAGGCUCAGCGGCUGAUACGCAGGCCAUCGCUGAGGCGGUCACCUACCAGCUGGGCUUCCACAGCAUUGAGCUGGAUGAGCGCCCCCUGGUGCACACGGCAGCUAACCUGUUCAAGGAGGCCUGCUACCGCUACCGAGAGGACCUGACGGCCGGGAUCUUGGUGGCCGGCUGGGACAAGCGCAGAGGGGGCCAGGUGUACUCCGUGCCCAUGGGGGGGAUGAUGGUGCGCCAGCCCUUUUCCAUCGGGGGCUCCGGCAGCUCCUACAUCUACGGCUUUGUCGACGCCUCCUACAAGCCUGGCAUGACCAAGGAGGAGUGCUUGACUUUCACAGCCAACGCCCUCUCCUUGGCCAUGGAUCGCGACGGCUCCAGCGGGGGUGUCAUCCGUCUGGCCGCCAUCACAAAGGACGGCGUGGAACGCAAAGUCAUUUUGGGCAACGAGCUGCCUCGGUUCUCCUCCCACUGAAAUUGGGGGGGGGGUGCAG